GUUUAGUCGCUUUCGUCGCUUGAAACGUGAAACAUACGACAACCGAAAACGAAAUUAAAAUUGCAACUUUUUAUGUUACGUCAGUCAGUCAGUUGUUUGUCGCUGUCACAGUCACGGCAUAGUCACAGCACAUUUGACGUCGCAGUUGCAGUCGCAGUCGCAGUCGUCGUCAUCAUCGCUUGCGUCGCUGUCGCAGCGGACAUUUUUUGGCGCCGUUUUCCGUGCGACAGUGGCUUAAAAAAUAAAAGCGCGCUUUACAUUUCUUACGGAAACGCUUUUUCAAAUCUCACUCGCGGUGUUCGCAAACUGCCAGAGUACAGGCUGCAACAGCAAACAUAACAACAAGCAGUGGAAAGAAUAUGACCACCUCAACGCCCAGCAGCAGCAACAGCACCACCAAUAGCAACAAAACUAACAACACCUGCAGUAGCGGCGGUAACAACAACAGCAACAACAUCAUCAACAGCAACAACAACGAUAACAACAAUCGACAAAGCAUCAGCAACAGCGACGGCGGAGGCAACGAGCGAGCAACAUCAGUAGCAACUCUUUACAACGGCAGCAGUCCGAGUGCAACAACUGCAACCAUAGGAUCAACAAAUCGUGUCAUGCAAGCGGACGAGGAUUUCAACAUGGUGCGCACGCAUCGCUGUCUCUACGACAAGAAAGUUCCUUUUUAUUUUAAUCGUUACAGAGACAACCAGGAGAAGGCCUGGGCGCUUAUCUCGAAGGAAACUCGAGAGAGUGUUAUUCACUGCAAGGAGAGAUGGAGGAACCUUCGUGCCUGCCUCUCGCGCUACAUCAAGCAACAGAGUGGAUCCGAGCCACAGCACAAACCUUACUACCUUACUGAGCAUAUGGCGUUUUUGUUACCAUUUCUUAAGUCUACGCGGUACUCUCUUGAGGGCAACUCGAGUUUGGCCACGCUCUUCCAGUUCUCCCAGCAGCAUUUGCAUCUCCAUCAGCAGCAGCAUCAGCAGGAGCAUUUGUAUUGCAACAACAACAACAACACAAGCAUGAAUAACAACAACAACCAUGUUAUGAGCGAUUCUUUAGAGAUGAAGCAGUCUCUUUCGGACAACGACGACGAGGAGACGAUUGAUGCUUUUGAUCCCGCCAUAGCUGCCACCCUGGGCAUGCACUGCACCACCUCGACGACAGGCGGCAAUGCGAUGACUGUUCCUGGGUCGCCAGCACACAGUCUGCAGAAUUUCAUACCUGAUGUGCAGCUAGCUGAGACCGGACCAGAUUUAAUAUACAACGAUACUUCAUCGACGCCACUGCAUCAUCAACAUCAACCGCCGCAUUCCCACCAUGCGAUGGCCAGUCACCUGCAACAGCAACAACAACAUAUUGAGCCAAGCAGCGAAUCAAGACUGCGAUUGUUGGAGCUGCCUUCUUUGGGGGCCUCAGCGUCACAGAGCACACGGACAUGGAGUUCUUUCGAAGCAUUCUGUUCGCGAUGUUGUCGAACGCAACACGUUACAAUGGCACUCUGCCAGCAGGUGGUGGUAACGGUGGGGCAAAUGGUGCAGCUGUGGGAGCCAAGCAGUCAAACAAGCGUUCCAACACGAUAA